AUGUUUCGAUCACGUAAUUUAUCUCGUAUAUUGUGGCAGCAAUGUAUCUAUAUCAAAGCUGAUUAUGCAAGGCCAUGUGUUACUGGCGUAUAUAAUGGUAUUAAUAGUAAAACACAUUCAAGAAAUAUAAAUACUGUAACUAUGGAUGAAAGUUAUGUUAAGAAGUUUAUGAAUGCUGUAGGUUGGAUGGAUCAAAGUAGAACACGCUUAAAGUUAACAGGAUAUUUUUUGUACGAAAAUAUACCCGACAAAGUGUCUUACGUAAAUUGGUUUGAAAGUUUAGAACUACCCGACACAUUUAAUUCCUGGUUCAGUGUAACCGAGUUGCACGUUUGGAUGUUAAUGGUUCGGUAUAUGGCUGAAGAUGUUGCCAAACCUACCACUGAAAAAAAAAAGUACAUUAAAGGAGAUGGUCACUUUGUAAGAAAUUGUAUAAUAGAAGCCAUGUGGGCCGAUGCUGCAAAUAAAAUUAAAUUAUUAGAGGGUGCAAAUCCAGCAAUAGCUAGAAAGCAAGUGGCUGAGUUGUCAGAACAGUUUCAAGCUUCUCUUGUGGCUUAUGAUGAAGGAUUAGAUGAUGACAAAGUACUAGCUGCAGCUAUCUGGAGAAGAUUCUAUUCAUUGUCAGACGAUGUUAAGGCUGCACAUAUUGAAAGAAUUGUUAAGUUUAUCAGACAUCAGAUUUCAGAGCUGGAUAAAAUUCCAAGUGAAGAGCUGAGAUGGAAGCCUGACAUCAAAUGGUUAAGUAUAUUGAGUCAUUGA